GGCGUUGUCGAUGGUCGUCGGGACUGAGGAGUGCUCCUUCUUGAAUUUCUCAAAGGCUUUUCUAUUAAUCUCAUCUUUCUGGACUGGAUCUGCAGAGGACACGGACAAGACAGAACGUUACUCUUUAUCCGCAGCUACAAAAAUUACCAAGUUCUCUAGUUAAGACAAUAUUUGUUCUUCCUGAUAUAAAUGUGAUAAUAAAGGAGUCUGAUGAUGUUGUUUCAUCAAGUCUCAGUUUUUUUUUAUUUUACUCAGGUCUGUUUUUAACUUCUCUUUCUUGAGGUUGAAAAUAAAAUCAUUCAUCAUUUUACCUUUUUAUCAUCUCGAUUGAACUAUUUUGUCCUUCAAACAUGCUCGACAGAAACAGAUCUAUCGAUGUAUAUCUAUGUGGAAAUCAUGUGUGAUUCAUGUCAGACAUCAGCUCACCGAGCCGCUGCAGGUUCUUCGCUUUGUUGAUGACGUCUUUGGCGGUCCUCUUCAUGCCGCUGGUGGAGUGCAGGUUCAUGUAGUUGGCGAUAACUUCCCACCUGAGAGGAAGAAUGGUUCAGGUUCAGGUUACUGUAUUAAUACCCGAAAGUAGAUUUAUUCUGCAGUGAAAUAAAGUGAUAACGUCCAUUUAUAUAAGUUACAGUACAAAUAUAAACCAACCACAAAACAGACACAUGAUAAAAGCACCCAAAGGCUCCCCAGUCAGGACACAAGCGUCAGUACAUCAAAAAAUGCAAAUAAACAACCUCUGGAUACAAACCAAGGUAAAACAAGUUUAAAACCAACAUAAGUAAGUGAAUAAUACCUCCGCAGUAUGAGCUAAUUGUGCAAAAUUCUGUGCAAGAUCUGUACAGCUUGUUCACUUCAAUAAUAGCAGCAGGAACAAAGAUGUUUCUGUAACGUUUAGUUCUGCAUUUGGGAACGAGCUCAUAUUUUACUGCGAGGUAAAUCCAAACAGAACGAACAGUUUCCAUUUUUAUAAAAACAACAAUUGUUCCUUUACUCCGUCUCACAAAUCGAAACUUCCCCCUAAUUAUUUUAUAAUAUUUUACUUCUGAAAACUUUGGCGUCUUCCUGACUCGUGCUCAGGUCAGAUUAAAAACACUUUAGGUUUGCUCCGGUGGAUGUUGUUGAUCUGCAGCGAGUGGAAAUAAAACUUUGUAGUUUACAAUUUUUUUUUUGCAUUUGCUGCCUUAAUAAAUUUGCAAAGAGUCAAGGACUGAACUUUUGGAGAAACUUGGAUGUAAACAGACAAAUGAACUAAAAGCAGUUUGUAAUAAUCCUGUUUUUUUCCCAUAAAUAAACAGCAGGAACAUGUUUUUUUUCAGCACUCGUCAGUUUUCUUCUCUUCUUCACCACAGGGAUCGUGUGUUCAUUUCUCUUCAGGUCUGACCCUGAAAACACAUCCUGUCCUGCAGGCGUCGAGCGUUCAUACCUGGCGUUGGUUCCAGCAGGAAACAGAUUAACAGCUUUGAUGAGCAGCUGAAGGUCGUCCUCGUUCCAGCCCUUCCCUCCUCCUCCCCCUCCUCCCCCGCUGGCCUGUUCGGCGCUGCGAGCCGCCUGCCUCGCCUGAACCUCCGCCUCCCGCUCCUUCUGCAGCUGAGCGUUCACCUCCUGGACCUGAGGGGGGGUUAUAACAGGAUGUCGUCUCAAACUCUGGACUCAAUUAUCACAGACUCUUAAAUAUUUAAUCCACCAGAUCUGAUUAAUCAAGAAACAUAUUGACAUAAUUUACUAAAUAUUAAUUUCUUGCGUCCUGAUUUAGAAGAGAAACCUUGAAAAUGUGUCUUACUUGCUUCUCCACUGCCGUCUUACUGUCCUCCUUUGAACCUGUGGCCAGGACUUCAUUCAGGGACUGCAGACUGGAAACAGAGGAGCAGAUAAACUUAAUUUACAGGCUGCUUCCUGACUGAUUCUGAACGAUCGAUCACUGAACACGACAGAAGGAUCAAUAAUCGUUUCAAUUGGAUUCAAAUGAACCAACUCUCUAAAGAAAUGAUCGUGGAGUCACUUUAAAUCAGCCGUAAUGUUUCUGUUUGUACCUCGCAAGCUCCAGUCGAUCGCACAGCUUCUCCACCUCCUCCAUCAUUUUCACACUUUCUGCUUCGUUGUCAGCAAAGUAGUUCCAGUUCUGUGUGGACAGAGAAAACAACAUCAACCAAAAUCUCUGUAAAAGGAGGAAAGAAAGAAAGAAAGAAAGAGUCCUCUCUCUGAAAAGACUUGUUUUUACAAGAUGUCGGCUUUGGUGAGAGGUCUGAAAUGUUCACAUCAGGAGGCCGAAGUCUAAAGAAAAUAAUACGACAGGACGAGACAUUCCCAAUCUUCUUUGUUUUUACUUCACUUACGUAUUACUCACAAAACAUAAGACAUGAAAAGUCUUUUUUAUCUUUUAGUGAUUUUGAGAAGGUUACACAUGCUUUUAUCACGACUCGUCUUGAUGAUUGUAAUGCACUUUGUUUUUGUGCGAGCCGAACCUCUCUUAAUCCUUCAAAAUACUGCAGCUCGUGUUUUAUCUGGCCGCCGUAAAUCUGACCACAUUUCCUCUAUUUUAGGAAUUUCCUGUGCGUUUCAGGAUUGAUUUUAACAUUUUGUUAUUAAUUUAUAAAUCUUAAAACGGGCUCGCUCUACCUAUAUUUCAUCUCGGACUCUCAGAUCCUCUGACCUUCUGACUGUCCCGAGGUCAAGGUUAAAGUUCAGCGGUGACCGAGUUUUUACCGUCGCUGCGCCUAAACUCUGAACGCUCUUCCUCUUCAUGUCCGUCUGUCCCCCUCACCGCCUGUUUUACUCUUUUUUGACUCCUGAGAACUCGGUCUUUUAAUCCUGUUUUGACAGAACCAGCUCUGUCCUCCUGUUUUUAACGUGCUCCUGUGUCUCUGUUUUAUUGUUCGCGUUAAUUGUCUAUUUUUAAUUUACUGUACAGCACUUUGGUCAGCAUUUUGUUGUUUUUAAAUAAACCUGGAUUGGAUUGGAUGAAAAUGUGUAUUAAAAACUACCCGCUGGAUUAAGAGUUUCUUAGAUGACUGUUUGUGAAAAACAGAGUGAAAAAGACAAAUUAUCUCCAUUCAAUCCUCUUGAUUUAAUCCAAACAAACAUCACUCCAGAAUAAAAAGGUGAUAAAAAGACUUGACACCUGCUCACAACACCAAAAUUACCACCGACUGGUCUGAACCUGAACCCCAGAGACAAUCUGAGGGAUGUGAGUCGAGAGGAAAAUGAGAAACAGUCAAACCCCAGAGACAGAGAGCAGCUGGAGGACGCUGUCAGAGCGACGUGGGCUUCAAUAAAACUCAGCAGAGCGACAGGCUGAACGCCUCCAGGCCACACCGCACUGAGGCGGUGAUUCAUGGUUAAGUAUUCAGAGUAUAAAUGAAUUAACGCUUCAGGAUUUUAACUUUUGGGGAUUUAAACACAUCGAGACGAUCUGAGGAAAGCUAAAAUAACUAAAUCAAAACAAAAAAAUAAAGUGGAAUAUUUCACUUUAAAUGUCCAAAAUAUUUGAUUAUAUUCCUGAUUUUUUAUUAAACCAAAAUGAACUUUUUCCAGGAUAUCUCAGAUUAUUUAGAUCCACUUAUUUACGGACAACAGUUCAGAGUAAUAAAGAGGAAAUCUCAUCAUAUUCAGAGUUUAAUAAAAGUGUUUAAAGCUUCUGAGUUCGAGGCUCUGAGAGAAUAUUAUUGAACCUGAAGACAGAUUCUCCUCUUAUAUCAGAGAGUUUGAUGAUUAAAGUGAAAAGCGUGUGAAGCUUCAGAGGGAGAGUGAAGGAUGUAGGAACCUUGCAGGUGGUCCUGAGUUUCUGCCUCUCCUUCUUGAUGGCCUUCUUCUGGAUCUCUUUCUCCUUCUUGGCCUGCUGAGCCGCCUGUUUGGCCUCUUCGUCCUCCUUUUCUUUGGCCAAACGAGCCGCCUCCAGCUCUGCCUGUCGAACCUGAAGGACAUCAGGAUGAGUCACUGAAUACUCCGACACUCAGCAGUGAGCGGUUCGCUUCUCCGAUCUCAUAAAACGAUGUUUGAGGAAUUAUCCAACAUACCCUCUCCUUCUCCUCCUGCUCCCUCUUCUUGGCGUCGGCUUUGGCUUUCUUCUCCGAUUCUUUCCGAGCUUUUUCUUCCUCUUUGAAUUUUUUUAUUCUAGGGUCACAGCUGUACGCCGUAUCUGCAGAGGACAAAAGACGUUGUUACGAAAAACUCAACAGCUUUGUGUGGUUUUAAGAUACUUCCAGCUGUUCUGCUUCAUUCAGAGAGCGUACCGACUAGUGUUCUUAUUCUGUUCAUCUCCUCCUUUUUCCUCUGAGCUCUGGAGGCUCGAUUCUGCUUCUCGAUCCAUCUCCUCUCAUCUCGACUGCGAGAGAAGUUCAAACACGUUCAUGAGACAUUUCAAAGUGUGUUUCUGUUCGACAAAGUGCUGCAUGCACCAGCUUACCAUUCAGCCUUUUCCUUCUCCUCUUCGUCCAAGUAGGAGAAUUCCCUCCAUGAGUCAAAGUUAUACCUGAAAUAGAAACAUUGAUUCAAGACGCUGAUCUUCUCCUCUGACAGAGAAGAUUCACAAACAUGUCUUCAACUUUUUCACUCACCAAAAAGAGUAAAAAUUAUCGACGUCUUCGAACGACGAGUCGAGCAUUCCGAAUUUGGGCGCGUGCUUUUUAGAAGACCACCGGGCGUUUCGGUCGAAAACCGGUGAAAAAACCUCAAAAAAGUUCUCCUUGCCUUCCGCUUUUGAAGGCACGGCGUUGUCGAAGGUCGGGUCUACGCUAUCGAAGGCUCUCCUCUUCACAGGGUCCGACAGGAUUUCGAUAGCUGAGGGUCAAACGAUGACAAAUCACAGAAAACAGUCAGACCAGGAGCCUCAAGACAAAGUUACAAACCGAUGAAAAGAGCGUGUCGUACCUUUAGUUAUGCAGGUGAAGUAGUCGUUGUCUCCUUCUACGAUCUGCUCUCCUGCAGCUUUUCUCUUGUCGGGGUGAUGCUUCAACACGAUUGCUUUGUCUGUUCAGGAACAGAAGAGAGUUUCACUGAGACGACAGGUCAUCUAGUCUGAUAAUGAGCGAUCAGUGAGACAAAAACAGACGAUCGUACUCACGGGCAGCUUUGAUCUGCUUCUGUGUGGCUUUGUACCUCAGGUGCGGCAGCCCGAGGACAGCAUAGUGAUCCUGAUUCUGGAGAAUCAAACAGGUUAAAGUUGAUGUGUUAGAAUUUGAGAAGUACUGCAGUCUGUGACAGAGGAAAAAACUUCUCCUCCCAAGAAUCAACUUUCGGACCCGGUACCUUCCAGUCUUUGGGGUCAAGUGUUCGGAGCAUGGGGUACUCCUCCAGCUGAAACUCCUCAUCUUCUUCCUCCUCUGAAGACUCCUCUUCCUCCUCAAGUUCCUGGAAGGAGGUAGACGUACUCCUGUUCCUCCUUUUCACAUAAGCCUCGAACCAGCGACCCACCGGCUCCACCUGGACCUGCACAGAGGCUGCAAGGGGGGCAGGAAGGUGGUUCAUUAAAACCUGAAUCAACAACUUUUACAAAAAUUAAAGCUCCCAACGAGUUUUUUUUUUUAUUUUUUAUUUCAUGGACUGAUAUUUAUAAACAAAUUUUCAUGAUAUUCAAAAGCAAACAAGACCAUCAAGGACAGACUGAUGAUUUUUAUACUGUAAUUUUAGUGCCUGAAAACGGUGUGGAGGAAUCUGUCAGAGUAGCAGCUGAAGGAAAAACCCUAUUUUCUUUUUUUUCACAUAAUUCAUUUACUAUAAAAAGGACAAAUGUGACUGUCAAGCAUCAGCAGAAUGAGAAUUUCCAUUACGAGACAUUAUUUAAGCAUUUAGAGGACGAGAUAUGCAAGUAAUGCUUCGUCCACCGAGGGCACCAAAGCUGGAACAAAGAGUUCCUAACAGGAGCGUUUAAAGGGAUAUCAAUUUCUUCACUGAAAUACAAUCAGACCGAGACGCUAAGACAGAAGAACUACCGCGUCUGCAGUGAAAAUGAUUAAUAUGGUGAUUAUUACUUCAAGGAAAUGAUAAAGAAAUGAUCAUAAAUGUUCUUCCUUGAGCUGCGACACCCCGCUGUAGUCCGUAAUGGACUGGCCUGAGGUCUCGCUACAAACAAGUGGCUGCUGGAAGAGAGUGGGUGAGUUGUGUUUAGUCCUAGUACUAUGGCUGUGACCCUAUAUGUCCUGUUGAUGAAGUUAGGUGCUGUUCUGAGCAUUAUUUGUGGCUAUAGAGUGGCGUUUUGGUUCAGGUUAGACGUAGACCGCUGUGUAUUACUAUCCUGUGGUCGUUACUAAAGUUGGUAUAACUAGAGAAGCAAGCGGUCGACAACAUUCAUCUCUCUAAGGGGAGUCUAACUCGGUUUGACCCUAAAUUAAUUCUACUACAGAAUAUCUCUUAAAUUUUCUAUAAUAACUGUAAUAGAAACAUGGUCCUUUUAUACCUUUUCCUUUGAUUUUAUCCUGUUUUCUUCUGAUUCAUCUUAUUUUGCACAAUGGCCAUCAAGAAUUAAAGAUAUAAAACAUCUUUAAACCUGUAUCCUCCUGCCUGGAUUGGAUCUUAUUCUAUCAAACCACAGCCUCCUGUUGCUCCCUGAGUUUAAACCUGUUUAUUAGAUCAUGUCCAGAUUAAAGAGUUCAUCAUUUAGGGAGUAAAAUAACUUUGAUUUUCAGCUCUUAGAAAGGAGGGUCAGGUGUUUGAAGGUACAACAGGUGUUUACAGACUAUGAAACAGACUUAUAGAGACUGACAGACACACAGAGAGACAUUAGAAAACAUUAAAAUGUUAGAAAAGUGAAGGUUUGUUAAAUAUUUAAGCUCCUAAAAUCAGUGAGAGUUCAGCCAUGAGUGGGAGCAGCUAAACCACAUUAUGCAACACAGACACAGAAACCCAGUAAUAAUACAGAUAACGGAGAAUACAGACAGAGGUAAAGGUUUGAAUUAAGACAUAAUAUAGCAGAUAUCUAGAGUUUGAGUGUGAGCCUGUUCACAGUAGUCUAUAUUUAUCUCUCUUAGCCCGGUUAGCUCCCUCCUCCUCCUCCUCCUCCUCCUCCUCUCUCGGCCUCCUUCACUUCUUACCGGCAGCGGCUCUACAAACUCCCGUCUCCUCUCCUUCCGCCGCUUCCAGCAACAUUUUCUCCGUCCGGACUACUCCAACAUCCAACUGACACGAAUCUCGAGUGAAGGCUCUCUAAAGUGCUGCAGUUUGUGGCCCGCUCAUUUACACACCACAUGGGCCUCCCUUUACAAGUGCCAAUCCGAAACGAGCUCCGGUGUCACACUUAAUCUAGUCCGUCUUCGUUGCGAUGGUUCCGCGUCUCCGCUAAAGCGUAAUAUCAAACAGUGGAUCUUUUCUUUAAAUCUAAGUAAUAUAAAAUGAAGUUCAGAACAUAUUAUUGGUGUUUGUUAGUGAAAUAUUAAAUGUGAUCAUUUAAAAAGAUUGGAGGUAAUUGUUGUUGGUGGUCCACCCGUCAAAAUGUUCCGCUCUACUUUUCCGUUCAUAGAUAUAUAUAUAAACGCUAGAUGACUCACGCACGCUGUUGGCCAAUAGAGACCGACGUCAGCGCAUUGCGGCCAUUUUGCUACGGGACACUCGCACACUCCUAACAUUCCAGUCUACGGUGCAUGUAACAUUCAAAUAACAAUAGAUUGAUUAAUUUUAAACUGUUUGGUUUGUAACAAACCUCACAGUUUUAGUUAUGUCCCUGCAUACUCAAGAAUAAUUUUAACCAUGGAUUUUAAUAAAUUAACAUUAAACAGAUAGGUAGAGAAAUAGCCAUAGGCCUACACCAGAAACUGUAUAUACUAUGGACAACUUGGUUCCACCUUCCAUCAGUACACGGAUUUGAAGCCAAAAUGCUCUCUGUAUUUCCACGUUGUCUUCUCCAUUUCCUGAUACCAGCAUAGCGCAGUAGCAUUGUGCCCAUUUGGCAGGAGAGUCGCCGUGAGUCGCUGUGAUGACGCUCGGCUCAAACAGCGUAUCCCCCUGGUGAGCUACCCAAUCCCUGAACGCCCAUAGGCUGUAUCAGUUGUAUCAGGUGCAGAAAUAGAGGGCCCUCAAAUCAAAUUUUGCUUGGGGCCCAUUGAGGCUUGGGCCGGCUCUGUUCAAAGAAAAUCUGCCAUUUCAAUAUGCCCAAGCAUCUCGGCUCAUAGCCAUGUUAUUAAGGUUUGUAAUAAACAAAACCGUUUAUAAAUCUGUCAAGAUUUCAGCGAGUUAAGAGUAUUUUUGAUCAUGCAGAUUAUUCACCCAAUAUCAGCUACCAUAGCACGUACCAGCAUGGUAUACUGGAGUAAGAUGGCCGCCGUGAAGGGACGCCGGUGACUCCGCCUCAUCUAGCCUUUCUCAUAUAUAUCUAUGUUUCCGGUGAGCGGCUCUCAUUAGCGGAAGUUCAAAGCUGCUGUGUAAUGGUUCAGUUCGGUCAGUGAAGCUGCUCGGUGUUUUUGUGAGAAACUGUCAAAUAAACUGUUAAAAAAUGCCUGAUUAUUUAGGAGAUGACCAGAGGAAGACUAAAGAAGAGGAAAAAGAUGACUCACCUAUCAGAGGUAACCGCUAAAGUUGAUGAAUAACGAUAAAUUCUUUUUACAAUGAACAUAGAUAUUAGCAUCUUUGCUAGCGUUAGCACGGUCCGGUAAAUAAACUGCUGCUUCAUCGUCCUGACUUUAAAACCAUUUUUAGUUUUAUUAUCGCAAUAAGGUGUUUAAAUAAGAGAGUAAAAGAUAAAAGAAAUGAUUAAAUAGUUAAUAACAGUUUAAUAAUGUUCAAUCUUUCAUGUUUUUCUCCUCUCAGCUCUGGAUGAAGGAGACAUCGCCUUACUGAAAACAUAUGUAAGUCAGAGUUUAUCUAAGAUCCACAACAACAUCACAGGAGAGACUGAAUAUGUCUCUUUAAUCAUAAUGUGGUAGAUUUAACCCAAGUGUUACUGUAUCCUGGGUUUAUGCUGGAAGUUAACUCUGAGGGAUCAUAAAGAUGCCACUGACUUAAGUCCAUCUUCCAAUUUCUCCCUUUUUUGGAUCAAUUUAAGAUGACCUGUUUGUUGUCUCUGAUACAUUUAAACUAAUCAAAUAUAUUGAUGAAGUAGAAGCCCUAAAUCUUCAUAUUCUGUGUUGUUUUAAUGUUGUUUACCAUCAGGGUCAGAGCACUUACUCCAGACAGAUCAAACAGGUGGAGGAUGACAUCCAACAGCUGCUGAAGAAGAUCAACGAGCUCACAGGUGAGUCAGACUAACCACACCGAAAAGACAUUAAAGGGAUAUUGCGGCUUAAAAUCAAGUGACAGUCAAACACCGAGUUAGACCCCCCCUCCAGAGAUGAAUGUUGUCGACCGCUUGCUUCUCUAAUUAUACCGACUUUAGUAACGACCGCAGGAUAGCAAUACAGAGAGCCACGCCCUCAACCAAAAACGCCACUCUAUAGCCUCAAAUAAUGCUCAGAACAGCACCUAACUUCAUCAACAGGACAUAUAGGGUCCCAGCCAUAGUACUAGACACCAAACAUCUUUUAAAUUUGACUAAUUUCUUUAACAAAGAGACUAAAUACAACUCACCUACUCUCUUCCGGCAGCCGAUUGUUUGUAGCGAGACCUCAGGCCAGUCCAUUACGGACUACAGUGGGGUGACGCAGCUCAAGGAAAAACAUUUAUGAUCAUUUCUUUAUGGAAAUACAAUCAGACUGAGACGCUAAGGCAGAAGAACUACAGCGUCUGCAGAGGAAAAUGAUUAAUAUGAUGCAAGGAAAUGAUAAAGAAAUGAUCAUAAAUGUUCUUCCUUGAGCUGCGUCACCCCGCUGUAGUCUGUAGCGGACUGGCCCAGGGUCUUGCCAAAACAGCGGCUGCUGGAAGAGAGUAGGUGAAGAAGAAGAACUAGAGAAUCAAGCGGUCGGAAACAUUUAUCUCUGGAGGGGGUGUCUAACUCAGUGUUACGGUGUGUUUGUCUAUUACUUAAAUUUACACUGGAAUAUCCCUUUAAGUUUGUGUGUGUGUGUGUGUUCCUGAAUUUGCAUCCAUCCUACCCUCAGCAGGCUCUCAGUGUAGAGUCAGAGUCAGACUCAUACAUUUAUUUCUGUGUAUUUAAAGCAUCUUGUUUUGCAUUAUCAUUUUAAAGUUUUCACAAAUAUUCCUGUUUGUUGUUUUUUGUCUUUUUCAGGCAUUAAAGAGUCCGACACGGGUCUGGCUCCACCAGCUCUCUGGGAUCUGGCUGCUGACAAACAGACUCUGCAGAGUGAACAGCCGCUGCAGGUCGCAAGGUAAAGCAACUGGAGUCAUGAUUUUGGAAAACUCUGUCGCUGUUUGAGUCUUCUUCCCAUCGCAGAGACAUCUUUGGUCUUUGUAAAAAUGCAUAUUUGUCCGGUUUAUCGGUUAUGAAAUCUCAAAUGUUUGUUUCUGCGUCACACAGAUGCACAAAAAUCAUCAACGCAGACUCCGAGGACCCGAAGUACAUCAUCAACGUGAAACAGUUUGCAAAGUUUGUGGUCGACCUGAGCGACCAGGUGGCUCCAACUGACAUUGAGGAGGGCAUGAGAGUCGGGUAAGGCGAGAGGAGGGUUCAUUUAAAGUCUGUAAUACUGUUUCAAAGUCUCAUCAAUGUUAACUAACUGAUUGUGUUUUUCUAUCUACGCAGUGUCGACAGAAACAAGUAUCAGAUCCACAUCCCCCUGCCUCCUAAGAUUGACCCCACUGUCACCAUGAUGCAGGUGUGAAUCAACAACACGACUCUUUGACUUCUUAUUUUUAGGAGCGGAGAUUUUUCGUGUUAUUUUCUAAAGCUUUGUUCUCAUGUUACAGGUGGAGGAGAAGCCUGAUGUCACCUACAGCGAUGUGGGUGGAUGUAAGGAGCAGAUCGAGAAGCUGAGGGAAGUGGUGGAGACCCCACUGCUCCAUGUGAGUCCGUAAACGAAGACACGGAGCGACUGAAGCUUUCAGAGUUUAAAGAGUUCUCUAGACUGAUCGUACCGUUCGUUUCUGUCCUUUUCUCUUCAGCCUGAGAGGUUUGUCAAUCUGGGUAUCGAGCCACCCAAAGGUGUGCUGCUGUUUGGCCCUCCCGGCACAGGAAAGACCCUGUGCGCCCGCGCCGUGGCGAACAGGACCGACGCCUGCUUCAUCAGAGUGAUCGGCUCGGAGCUGGUGCAGAAAUAUGUGGGAGAGGUGAGGAUCACGGCGGACAGACGACAGCAGCUGCUCUAAUCUGUGAAUCCUGAUGACGUUGACGCUCACUCCGGUUUCUCGUUUUCAGGGGGCCAGGAUGGUGCGUGAGCUGUUCGAGAUGGCCAGGACCAAGAAGGCUUGUCUGAUCUUCUUCGAUGAAAUCGACGCCAUUGGAGGUAAAGCUGAGCGCGCUGACUCCUGUUUUUAGAGGGUUGAAGUGAAAGUUUUUAUCAGCUGGUUGUCGGGACUUUGGAGAGAGUCGGCCAAAGGUUUCCGGUUUCAAAGGCAGCAUCUAGAUCUGCAUGUUUGUUCUGGUUUCCUUCACCACACUUCCAAGUUUUCUGUCCUGAAAUACGUCACACGAGGUCGAGGUUUAGAAAAAACAGAAUUCUCCUUUAAUUUGAUUCUUGUCUUUUGUUUCUCAACCUGCCAGGCGCUCGCUUCGAUGACGGCGCCGGUGGAGACAACGAGGUUCAGAGGACCAUGCUGGAGCUCAUCAACCAGCUGGACGGCUUCGACCCCCGAGGAAACAUCAAAGUGCUGAUGGCCACCAACAGACCGGACACCCUGGACCCGGCUCUGAUGAGACCCGGACGUCUGGACAGGAAGAUCGAGUUCAGUCUGCCCGAUCUGGAGGUGAGAUGACCUUCAGAUAUCACGAGUCGACUUUUAAACUGUGAAUGUUGUCCUCCUCUCAUCUGUCUGCUCGCCGUUUCAGGGUCGCACCCACAUCUUUAAGAUCCACGCUCGCUCCAUGAGUGUAGAGAGAGACAUUCGCUUUGAGCUGCUGGCUCGGCUCUGCCCCAACAGCACAGGUAAGACUGAGAGAGAGGCGCCGAUCUCUUUGUUAACGUCUAUAUUCUUUGAGCUGAUCAGAAAAACUCUUGACCUCCGAGGGAAAGUUUGACAUCAGUUUACUUUUAGUCCACACGCUGGGACGUUAAAAAAGGAUUUCAAAGUUGUCAUCCUGUCGCUAGUGUCGCUUUCGUCAACGAACCUUUAUCACGAGACGAAAACGAGACGAAACGUAAAUUGUGGUCCUCUGACAAUAACUAUAACUAUGCAAUAUUGUUGAUGAAUAAAAACGAGACUAAAUGUGGUUCACGAAAUAAAAACUGCUAAAAUUUCGGUGACUAAAACGGGACGAAAUUGUUCAGCCGCGUUGUUCUUGUUUUCUGUUUCCUCGGCCGUGCGUCGCCCUGCUCAGACUCAUCCUCAAUCCCCUAAUUUGCUGUAUUUUUAAAUGCGGUGGGCAAAGACGUUUUUGGGUGAGUUGGAGUCAUGGCCGGGUUGUCGGGGAACAAAAAUAAGAAAUGAUAUCACACUUUAAUUACAAAACAAGUGGAAAACAAAACGGAAUGAGUCGUGGAAAAAGAGAAAGGGAGAGAGGUGACUGGGAAAUAGCAGAAAAAAAGGAAAAAAGUAAUCUAAAAAAACACCUCAAAGUCUUCCACGCUGAACUCAAAGUAAAUAAAACAUCGAUGUAACGUCACUUUAUAUUUUACACUGUCCAGCCUAGCGUGUGUGUGUGUGUGUGUGUGUGUGUGUGUGUGUGUGUGCGUGCAGUCUGCUCAAAGCAUCUUCCACGUCUGGAAUGGAUGUUUUCUUGUUUUCUUCAGUCUAUAAAGUAAAAAUAAUAUAAUAAUAGGAUAACCAUGUUUGAUUUGUGAGAUGGGUUUGACUAAAAGGAAAAUUUGGUUUGAUCUAUUCUACACUAUACUGGGUAAUUCUACUAUAUUAACUAGGUAAAACAAAGUUACAUUACUGAAAAGAGAUUAAAAUCAUUGACCAAAACUAAAAUGUCAACAGUUUUCGUCAACGGUUAUUCUGACUAAAACUAAAACACUCAGAGUUUUAGUCGAAUAAAGUUUGACUAAACAAAAAUGAGUUUGAACGUGUCUAAAACUAACAAAAACUUAAGUGACAGUUUGACACAAAGACUAAAAACAAAAUUAAAACAGGCCACCAAAAACAACACGACUUGUCGCCUAGUUUUCCUCUAACAACUUUCCCUGUAAACAUUCGUCCACUACUGUAGCUCUGAUGUCUUACCACAAGGGGGCACUGUUCUUUAAGAUUUAUACAGAAUUCUGGACUUUACAACCCUGAAGAUUCAACCCAUUAGACUUGGACUAUCCAAGAGAACAUUAAAGUUUGAACUCAACCAUCGGUGCAGUAAAAUCUUUAACGUGUGCUGCGCCCUGCUCUGUGCCCUGGAUAUUUCAUGCCCUUUUGUCCUUUGACAACCUGUAAAAAAACGAUCAUCUUCUAUUCAUAAAGACAUAAACUCUCUCUUUAACUGAGUGAAUGAAUUCUGGGUAAUCAGACAUUUUUUUCUGUUUCAUCGCCUCUCCAUAAAAGUUUUAGCUGCGCCUAAAAAGUUCAAACAAAAGCUCACAGCUUCACGAGGGGCUGAUUGUUUACACUCUUGUUUCUGUUGGUCCUCAGGGAGUUUAUUUUUAAAAAUUAAACCUUUGUUUGUUUCGUCCUCAGGUGCGGAGAUCCGCAGCGUGUGCACAGAGGCCGGCAUGUUCGCCAUCAGAGCUCGCAGGAAGAUCGCCACGGAGAAAGACUUCCUGGAGGCCGUUAACAAGGUCAUCAAGUCCUACGCCAAAUUCAGCGCCACACCCAGAUACAUGACCUACAACUAAGAGUGUGUGUGUGUGAGAGUUUCCUGUUUGGCCUUUUACCAUCAAACUAACUAAAAACAAAUAUUGUCCUUUUUGUUGUCAUUCUUGUUCACUUAAAAAUAAAGUUUAUUCCAGA